GAGUUCCGUCCCAUGAUCUGCAAAUGUGGGACAAUACGGUUGAAGGUUAAAAAAAAAACCCUCAUAAUUAGAUGUCUUCAAUCCUUACCUCGUUGGUGUUGGUGUAGUGUGUUUGUGUGUCCGUCGUAAUCAUCGAAGACAACAUCAGCCCGUCGUAGCAGAAUACUUUUGGUGUUUUAUUGGCUUUGUUUGUGGGUCAUAACAAUCUAGGGAAGCUCUACGACCAUGGUUCCUCCGUUGAUUGCUCCAUGAUAAGGCAAAACAACAGCCCAACGACGUCCAAGGCGACAACGACGACGACCUGGGAGUCAGUUCAACCCCAACUAGUGUCUGUCGUAUUGUGCAUGCAAUCGAAUUAGCUGAAAACGAAAAAGAAGAAAAGACGAAGAAGUUAUUUGCAUAUGAAAAUCUCCAGCAAGCAAAGUAGUGGUAGAAUGUAGUGUCCAGAGCAGAGUACCUACUUGUGUCAAUUACCUACACACAACUCAGCUCUCGACGACGACGACGACGUCGUCCGAGAUUUAUCAAUUGAACGAGGACGGGGAUCACACACUCGACCGUGUUUGUUUGUAGCAGCAGCAGUAGAUUUGCAAAUCCAGGGAUUGAACAGCAUAGGGGCGGCUGUGACAACGGAGUAGGUUGCGUAGCGCAGCGAUGCACUUCUCCAUUCCGGACACGCAGGAGUUCGGGCCGGACAAUGCGGGAUCGUCGUUCACGGGCUUCAACAUCCACAUCAACGGCAGCUUCCACUGCUGCCUGCGGUACAAACAGCUGCACAGCCUGCACGAGCAGCUGAAGCGUUCGCUGCCCACGCUCGUGCUGCCGAGCUUUCCACCCAAGAAGCUACUGCCGCUGACGCCCGGCCAGAUCGAGCAGCGGCGGAUCAGCCUCGAGCGGUACAUUCAACUAGUCGGCCAGGAUCCGGUGCUAUGCCGGUCGGAGCUGCUCCGGGCGUUCCUGCUCAACGCCCAGCAGGAGUCCUCGUUCACCGAGUGCCGCGAGGUCAGCGUGGACGUGUUCCUGAUGAACGGCUACCGGAUACAGACCAAGGCCUUCACCACCGACUGCUCCAGCAAGGUGCUGGAGAAGGCGUGCGCCUUCAUCGACCUGCCCAAAGAGUACACGUACUACUUCUCGCUGUAUCUGGUGCGCAAGGAGUCCAACGGGGACAUCGCCAUCACGAAGAAGCUGAUGGACUUUGAGGCGCCGUACAUCUCCCAGAAGCAGUGGGAAGACUGCAAGAUUGUGAUACGGACCAGCUACUGGGACGCCAACUACGACCUGGAACUGAUGCGGGACCGGAUCGCGCUGAACCUGCUCUACAUCCAGGUGCUGAGCGACGUCGAGCGGGGCUGGAUCAUCACGACCCGCGACCUGGCCGAGCAGCUGACUGACCUGCAGGCUCGGGGGAACAAGCGCGAGUACGUGGAGAUCGUCCGGAAGCUUCCGCUGUACGGGUGUCUGCAGUUCCCGCGGGUUUGCGUCGACUACCCGCAGCCCAACACGCUGGCCACCGUCAUCAUCGGCAACCGGGAGCUGAACCUGCUGACCAACUACGGCAAGAAGAUCCAGGAGACCAAGUUCAAGGUGACGAGGAUCCGCUGCUGGAGGGUGACCACCAUUCACAACAACGAGGAAAUCUCCUCCAACUCGUCGUCGGAGAGCCGCGAGCCGUCCAACAACCUGGAGCUGUCGUUCGAGUACCUGAUGGCGAAGAACCAGCUCAAGUGGAUCACCGUCUACAGCGAGCAGUCGAUGCUCAUGUCCGUGUGCCUUCAGUCGAUCGUGGACGAGCUGCUGAACCAGAAGAACGGCUCCGACAUCAACAACAUCCAGACUCACCAAGCCGAGUUUGCUCGCCUGUCCUACAUCCGGCGCGACGGUUCCAACUACUGCAUUACCGACUCCAGCUCGACAGAUACCCUAAGUAGCAUAAGUGACAGCAACAGUACAUCGAAUCAGUCCAACAACGGCAGCAGCACCACCACCACGACCACCACCAACAACGGUACCUCGUUCAUCCGACGAAAGCUCAAGGAGUUCAACACGACGGUGCGCUUCAAGAACGGCAAGGAUUCGGUCCACAACGAAGCCUUCGAGUGGAUCGGCGACGACGAUUUGUAGCUUCGGUCUUCGGUUAGGAGGAAGUGCUGAAAGGGAACUCUCUAUCUUUUCGUUUGGAAACAAUAUUUUUUUCACAGCAGACACACAGUACGUACACCAAUACAGUAAAACACUAUUCAUACUAUUUGCUAAACUGCUCAAUACACACAACUGUAAUGACUACAGGCUAGAGGUUAUGAAUGCAACAGGGCACAUGUUCCAGUAAUAGUAAACAAAACAAACACACUAACACUGCUACAAAAACACAUCAGUAAGAUUAAGGAAGGAACCUACAAGCGAAUUUAAGUAUACUCCCUCAAACAUUUACCCGUUUUGUAUUUAAUUUGUACAUUUUUUUACAAUCGAUUAUGUUUAUACAUUCAAGUUGACUUUUGUAUAGAAUAAACGAACUAAAACUAAGAAAUCUUCAUCAAAACAAAAGAAAAGAAUAAAAACUAACAUUUAUGCAAAGUCUUCCAUUGACUAAACGAACAAGCAACCAACAAAUAUCCAGUUUAAUCAGGAAUAAACCACUCUCUACAAACGAAGAACAAAGAUUUAAGACUAUAUCGGUUUAGCGUUUAAGUUAAAAAAAAAUACAUUUUGUUCAUUUGUGCCAAUAAAAACCUAAUACAUACUACAAAACACUAACAAAUAAACUCAAAUAACAAGCUACUACUCAAUACGAAUACUGCUACACUUUACACAAAGAACACACACUCUCUCCUACACACGCUGAUGUUAUCAAUCAAAUUAAACAAAGUUAAAAAGAAACACCUGCUUCUGUAGUAAGCACGUCAGCACUGGAUCAGGAAAGCGUGAAAUUAAAAUCAAAUUUGUACUAAACAAAACACUACAACUAGGCACUAUCCGCACGCGUCAGAAGCUGCUGAUAUUUGGAGGUUAGGGAAGAAAAUAAAAGUUAAAAACAAGUGAUAGAAGUUGUAAAGUUGUGUAUUUCUGUUUUUUUUUUUUUUGGCUAUGUAAGGAGUCCACAGUGGAUAAUCCCGUAAGAAAGAAUGUAAUAGUAUGUGAAGAAAAGGAUUAAAAUACACAUGAAUUUAUGAAUUGCAA